ACCACCGGAAGGAAACAAACAAAGCGACGUGAAAACAGUCCGACCCCGCGCAUGACAGUCACAGUCCUCCUCACAAACUCCUUUAUUACUCCGCCUUAUCAGCCCUGCCAGACCCGGACAGCACUCGUGGGGCUACGCAAUGACCUGAGGAACACUACGUCAAGCUUGUGGGACGCGGAGUGACGUUUUAAAGCUUGUGGAAGUGAAAGAAAAAUGACCCGUUGACAGCUUCGUGUGGUUGGUCACUGACACGCCCUUGCUAAUGGGAAGGUAAAGCCAUACCCUCGUCUUGCCUUUGCUUAGGCGUGUCAUUGGGCCGAGAGGUGUGAGUGAGGGUGUCCAGCGUCAAUACUUUUAUCUGAAGGUGCUGGGUCAUCCUCGCCACCAUGGCUGUGGGGUGCUACAGGGUCACGGUGGAGCCUGUGCUGUUCCUGUACAUGCUGGCUGUGUUCAUCCUUCUCCCAGCACUGCAGGAUGUCAUAUACACCAAGGUGUGUCUGGGGGACUUCAGCCAGGACGUGUGUGAUGACCUGUACUCCAGCAAGAACAGUGACGCCCUGGACACAGUGCAGGCCGCCUCCUCCCACUGGGUGUUGGGCUCCACCUUCUCCCUCUCCCUCUCCUCCAUCAUCACUGCACAGUUUCUUGGCUCCUGGAGCGACACCUUCGGCCGCAAGGUUCCCAUGCUGCUGCCCCCCUUAGCUGCUGUGUUUGCCAGUUUUGUGUACAUUGUGUUGAGCGUGAAGCUGACCGAGGCGCCCGUGUCACUGGUCCUGCUGGCAUCUGUCAUAACAGGCUGUGGCGGUGGCUUCAGCUCCUGUAUUAUGACCUGUAUGAGCUAUGUCGCCCAAGUGAGUAGUGCCCAGACAAGGACUGUCCAUGUGGGUAUACUGGAAAGCAUGAUCUACAUCGGAGGGACACUGGGCCCCAUGCUGGGUGGGUGGAUACAGCAGGCUUGGGGCAGGUCCGCCACAUUCACCAUCAUCAUGGCUCUACACGCUCUAAUCAUCAUCUACAUCGUCAUCUUCGUUCGCAACAUUCGCCCCAGACGUCCUGCUGAGGCCUCGUGGGUGAAAAGUGGCUGCACCUUCCACCACCUGAGGCGGUCUGUUGUCACUGUCUUCAAACACCGGCAGGAGAAUCGCCGAACCUGCCUGCUGUGGCUGUUGGCGGCAGCAUCAGUCAUCAUGUUCUGUACAGCAGGGGAGAUUGACAUAUCCUACCUGUAUGUGAAGGACAAGCCCAUUGAGUGGCCGUUUGUGAAGUACACAUGGUACUUCUCCCUCAAGUAUGGGCUGGGUGUGCUGUCCCUGGUGGUGGUGCUGCCGCUGUGCUCGCGUGCCCCGGACAUGCUCCUGGUGGCGGCAGGGCUGCUCAGCAAGGUGGCAGGGCUGGUGUUCCUGGCGCUGGCCUGGAAUGAUGCAACAAUCUUCAGCAGUGCAGCAAUUGCCUUGCUCAGCAGCUGGCCAGUGUCUACUCUGCGUGCUGCCAUGUCCAAGCUGGUGGAGCCUAAUGAACAAGGCACCCUGUUUGCUUUUGUGGCUCUGCUGGAGAACAGCUGCACCCUACUGGCCUCGGGCGUGUUCAACAGCCUGUACCCGGCCACCAGACACGUACUGAAGGGCUUCCCCUUCUUCAUGGCGGCUGUGCUGCUCUUCUGCCCUCUUAUCAUCAUCAGUUUCCUGCAUCGAUCUCUUCUUCGCAUCAACGCAAUAGAAUUUGAGGAGCUGUCUGAGGAGGUCCGGGGGAUUGAGGAUGAGGAUGAAGAGGAGAGAAGCAUUCAGAGUGCAGGAGAACCAGAACCUUUCCCCACACAGGAGCAGGAGGAGUCAGAGGCAGUGUUAGCUGAAGGUACGCCAGACCAGGGGAUGGCUAGGGAAGGAGAAUGAUGCACUAGAGCUGUACACUUAGUACAGUAAUGACUAACCCAGGUAGUUUGCAUUAUAUAGUUGUUUGUAGGUGACUAGCAUGCAUCACGUUAUCACUCCGGUGACGCCGACGUCGGUGUCCAAUGGGCGUCCGACGGCGUCACCAUAUGGAAAGGGUUAGUCCUCUUCUAAACCUCUUAAUCCUCUUCCAUAUCCUCUCAAUACUCUUCUAAACCUCUUAAGAGGAAAUAGAAGAGGAUUAAGAGGAAUUUAGAGGAGGAUUGAGAGGUUUAGAAGAGGAUUAAUCCUCUUCCAUUUCCUCUUGACCCUUUCCAUACUGUGACGCCGACAUCUGUGUCACGAAUGGAAAGGGUUAAUGGAAAUGAGUUUGUUUACUUCAGAGUUUUCAUUAGUAUAAAGUAUUUUCAUUAGUUUAAUUGUUUCGUUGUGAGCAGGUAUCACAUUGUGCCGAUGUCUGAUGUAUAAAGUUUUUUUGACGUUUAGCUUUAUAAGAUCGCGUCACAUCAUUCAAAACUAGUUACCUUUGUUUGAUGAGUUUAAUUAUAUAGUAGUGUUUUUGAGCAUUAGUCUGUUGUGUGUGGUCUGGAAAACUCAGCAGCUAUUUGACAAGACAUGAAUCUGUGGUUCCGAAAAUGUUAGAAAGAAAACGGUAGCUUGUUUUCAGUGUUUAUUAAUUUUGUUUGCCAAUGUGAUGUUAGAAUCUAAGGUGAGAUAUUGGUAUAUACUCUGCUGUAUAUUUGGAUUCCAUGAUGUGAUAAUAAUAUGCAAUAUAGAAACUAACCUGGUAGGAAGGUAAGAAAUACUCAAGCCCUGCCCUUUGCUGUGAAUGCAGGAAAAAGGCAGGGGAUCAAUGUGGUUAUAAAUUCAGGCAAAUUAGGCAAUAAUAGAACUCACUCUUCACAACACUGUCACUAUUAAGUGACUAAAAAUCAAUCUUGUCCUGUUAAUUACGCAGUCUUUCAGUGUGGCUCCGUGCUGAGGAGCAGAGUUGUUUUUGUGAUACAAGAAGUGUUCAUGGCUUACGGCUUUAGGUCAUGGAGCUUACUGAAGAUUAAUGUGCAGGUCUUGCCAUUAAUACUCCACAUAUCAACGAGGAGCUCAAUCUACUGACACAUUACCUGUUAGCUUUAGUUUUUGUGGUGUUUCCAGUCAAAAUAUGUGCAGCAGCCGUGGGAAGCAUAAAAGGUGUGAUUGUAUAUGUGCCAGAGCAGCACAUGUUGUGUCGCCUUCACCGGCAUCCUUCACCAAAGCUGUUUACGGGAUGCAUCCUUUCAUGGCCUUGUUGCAUCAUUUAUGUGUCCUUGUCAUUAUCAUCAUCAUAUCAUUUUCCACACAGAUCUUGGUCAUGAGCCACAGACUAGAAAAUAAGAAAACAUUUGUCGUUAUAUAAAAGAGCCCAUCAAAAUGGGCUGUAUUGGUAUUUUUAUACACAAAUAUGCAUACAUGCAUUCUUGCAUUUACACAUAGGUACAGGCAUACAUGCAUACCAUACUCCCACCCCCCCACCCACACACACACCUCUGCAUCACAGGUGUUUGAAGGCAGGAAAAACAUGUAUACAAGUGUGUGUGUGUGUGUGUGUGUGUGUGUCAUUCACCUCCUGGUCUGCUGCGGGUCUCUCUCGAGACAGCCAGCUGUUCCCCUACGGAAGAGCACAGAGCUCGUAGUACCGAUCUUUGGGUAGGACUGAGACCACUCAGACACAACACACUGCAACAACGAGGUCACAACUCCUCGCCUUACGUCACGUACCUACUCACUCCUAGGUGAACAGGGGCUACACGUGAAAGGAGAUAAACCCAACUUAUCUUCACCCGGCCGGGGAAUCGAACCCCGGUCCUUCUGGUUGUGAGCCAGACGCUCUACCCCUGAGCUACCGGGCUGUGUGUGUGUGUGUGUGUGUGUGUCUGUGUGUGUGUGUGGUGCCAACGAAGCAGACGGAUAACACACAGCACUGAGUAUUCAGGUAAAGUUCUGCUUCUCAGACAUUUCCUCCAUGCCAUUAAGCUAAUAUCUCCCCCUCCUGCUGGUGACUGUCAUGCUCAGAUAGAUAGAUAGAUAUAGAUAGAUAGAUAGCUGUAUGUUAAGCACGAGAGUGAAUGGCUUAGUAGGCUUAAAGUUAGGUAAUUUUGCAGAGAGAGAGAGAGAGAGAGAGAGAGAGAGAGAGAGAGAGAGAGAGAGAGAGAGAGAGAUUAUGAAGUGUGUAAAGCUAGAUGGGAAGAAAUUAACAAGUGGAUAAUAAUCAAUUAAGAGGAUAACAAUUACUAUCUCAUCUUGGUAUGGGGGGGAUGGGCAGGAGUGGGAGUGUUCAAGGGAGGAGGAUGAGGAAAGGAAACUGUUAGAUUACCACUUCAGACUUCAGCCCAGUGAUCGGCUAACAAGCUCCAAAGUUUCUUCUGGGAGGGUACUGGCUGGCGAUUACGAGUCCAACUUGUGAUCAGACUGCAAGGGAAUAACACACACACACACACACACACACGACCGAAUAGCCUCCGUCUUGCCUUGAUUCGUAAGCAUUAUCUGUGAAUAAGUAUUAAGUUAGUAGUACGGGUCACUGUCACGUUAGUACACUGCACAUUAGUAGAAUUUAAAGGGCAUUACUAUAAGAAGCAUUAUUAUAUAUCAUCAUUAUGAACUUGAUAUAAAAUAAUAAUUUUG